UGUUCAUUACCAACAUAUACAUAUAUAUAUAUUAUAUAUACAUAUACACUCGAACACGCAGUAGAAACACACACCACACAGAGAGGAGAAGCUAGCUAGCUAAUUAGCUAUGGCGGCCCCUUCCGACAAGGUGGUUGAGACAGUUAUAGCUGGAAACUACGUGGAGAUGGAGUCGGAAGGAAAACAAAGAGACUUCAAGUCAAAAGUUUCCAAGCUUUUCUGGCACGGCGGCUCCGCCUAUGAUGCCUGGUUCAGCUGCGCUUCCAACCAGGUGGCACAGGUGCUGCUAACAUUGCCGUACUCAUUUUCGCAACUCGGAAUGCUGUCGGGGAUUUCGUUUCAACUGUUCUAUGGUCUAAUGGGAAGUUGGACGGCGUAUUUAAUCAGCGUUCUCUACGUUGAGUACCGAACCAGAAAAGAAAGAGAAAAAGUUGAUUUCAGAAACCACGUUAUUCAGUGGUUUGAAGUUCUUGAUGGGCUACUGGGAAAACACUGGAGGAACGUGGGUUUGGCAUUUAACUGCACUUUUCUUAUGUUUGGGUCCGUGAUUCAGCUCAUAGCCUGUGCCAGCAAUAUAUAUUACAUAAAUGAUAAUUUGGACAAGAGAACAUGGACGUACAUAUUCGGCGCGUGCUGUGCGACGACGGUGUUCAUACCAUCUUUUCGUAAUUACAGAAUUUGGUCCUUUCUUGGUUUGGUUAUGACCACUUAUACUGCUUGGUACCUCACCAUUGCUUCCCUUCUCCAUGGUCAGGUGGAGGGUGUUAAGCACUCGGGUCCAGCUAAGAUGGUGUUAUAUUUCACGGGAGCCACUAACAUUCUCUACACAUUCGGUGGUCACGCCGUUACUGUAGAAAUAAUGCAUGCAAUGUGGAAGCCAGAAAAAUUCAAGGGAAUAUACUUAGUAGCAACAGUGUAUGUGUUGACUUUGACCAUACCAUCAGCAACAGCAGUGUACUGGGCUUUUGGUGAUUUGCUUCUAAACCACUCCAAUGCAUUUGCCCUUCUUCCCAAAUCACACUUCAGGGAUAUUUCUGUCAUUUUGAUGCUCAUUCACCAGUUUAUAACAUUCGGGUUCGCAUGCACGCCGUUAUAUUUCGUGUGGGAGAAAGCAAUAGGCAUGCACGAGUGCAAGAGCAUGUGCAAGAGGGCGGCGGCUCGUCUGCCGGUUGUGAUUCCGAUAUGGUUCCUAGCCAUAAUUUUCCCAUUUUUCGGCCCAAUUAAUUCCGCCGUCGGAGCACUUCUCGUAACUUUCACAGUAUACAUUAUCCCUUCUUUGGCCUACAUUUUCACCUUUAGAACAGCUGCUGCACGAGAGAAUGCAGUGGAGCAGCCCCCAAAAUACUUUGGGAGGUGGGUUGGUGCAUACGUCAUCAAUAUAUUCAUAGUUGUGUGGGUUUUGAUAAUUGGGUUUGGGUUUGGUGGUUGGGCUAGCUUAACUAACUUUAUCCACCAGAUUAAUACUUUUGGGCUUUUCACCAAAUGCUACCAAUGCCCACCACAGCUGCCGCCGCGCUUGGCCAACGCCGCCGCUCCUCCGUUGCCGCCUCACAUUCACAACCGUUGAGAUUUUCUCGCUCAUAGAUUGUAAUGUAGAUUAUUAAUUAGACCUUUGUGAUAGUUUUAUUAAUUUUAAAUAUGCAUGCUGCAAUGAAUUAUAAACAAGUGAUCUAAUGUUGUUAUGAAUUUCAUAAACUGGCAAA